GUGUGUGUGUGAGAACAUCAGACAUGUCGCUGGUCCUGCUCGUCCUGCUGCUGCGUCACGCUUCCUCGGAGGGAGUGACCCACUUAUUCAGACGGCGCGGUGAGGCCAUCCUGCUGACCUCUGACGCCCUGAGGACGAGGCGCACAGACAGUUACGACUUCAGAUGGAAGAGGUCAGACCAGCUGAUCCUCCGGCAGGGCAACGUGACGAAGGCUUGUGUCCCGCCCUGCGAGCUGAGGGUCGACGGCUCGCUAAGCCUCAGCGGCCUGCAGAGCGCCCACAGCGGCAACUACAGCCUGGACGUCUACAGCGAGCGGGACGGCAGGCUGCUGCAACACAAACACUUCGUGCUGACGGUGCUGCAGCCGGUGUCCAGGCCCGAGCUGAGCGCCUCCUGCUCUCUGGGCGGUCGAGUGCAGCUUCAGUGCCAUGUGCAGGAUGGCGAGCGAGUCCGAAUCCACUGGAUCCACACAGCAACCACAGGUUCGGCCAAUCACAGUCUGCCGCUCCGUCCCGCUCACUCUCAUUGGGCCGGCUUGUUGCUAGGCAGAAAAGUGAAUGGGAGCAUCUGUGUGGCGAGUAAUGAGGUGAGCGAGGAGAAGAGCGCCCCCGUUCACCUGGAGUGCAGAGUUGGAGGGUGA